AGCUUGCUCAAGUGCUUGCUCAACUGCCUCCAUACACACCGGCUGCCUCCGUCGGGCCUGGCAGUGUGUAACCUUCCUAACGAGAUUAGCAGGAAGGGGCUCUUCUCAACCAGCACCUGCAGGAAAGCCCCAGUGCGCCGGGUUGGCCAAGGCUUGCCUGAAACGGAUUAUAAACAUUUAAUGGGAAACUCUGCACAGCACGUCCAGUGAAAUGGCAUCGGACAGCGAGGUAAAAACCCUGCUGAACUUUGUCAACCUGGCCUCCAGUGACAUCAAGGCAGCCCUGGAUAAAUCUGCUCCCUGCCGCCGGUCGGUGGACCACAGGAAAUAUUUGCAGAAGCAGCUGAAGCGUUUUUCUCAGAAGUACUCGCGGGUGCCACGGUGCCACCCUACCAAGCCCCCGGAAUGCGGCCCACGCCGUGGAGCAGAGGACAGGGCCCGCAGCUGCCAGCCCGAGGUGCCCGACCCUGGCCCCCACAGUGGGGCUGCCACCGAGAAGGUGCUGCAGGCAGCCGAGGCGGAGGAGAGCCUGAUGAGGGAGCAGGCUGUGCCAGAGCAAAACCCUGAGACCAACAGGCCAGACCAGGUGCCCAUGAGGAAACGACAGCUUCCUGCCUCCUUCUGGGAAGAGCCGCGGCCGCCACAGAGCCUCCCAGCCGGGGGCUUCCCCCCAGGCCCUGAGGGGCUACCAGUCCCCAGGGACCCUCCUCCCUUUGAGGGGAAGAAAAGCAAAAGGAGCCAAGACACCAUUGGACCUGAGAGCCAUGAGCCUGCCCUGAAUGCAGGGGAGAAAGACCCCACUGGUGUUCUCUCAGGCCGAGUGGGUGCCUGGACCUGCUGCCCCUUUCCCUGCCCUGGGCCAGCUGUCUACCAGCCCCCAGGAACGCUGCCUCCAUCGCCUUUCCCAGGGCUGGGGCUGUGGAGGAAGGGCACUGCCACGCUGCCAGCUGAGGCACAGCCCUUCUGCAAGGAUGCAGAGGGCACAGGGCAGAAACUCUACAGGCCUGUGGUUUUGAAACCCAUCCCUACCAAGCCCACCAUCCCCCCACCGAUUUUCAAUGUUUUUGGCUACCUUUAGCCAGAGGAAAGGGGCAGAAUGUGUGACAUCGGACAGAAUAACCCCUUAGAGGGAGUUGAUACAUCAGGCUGGGGAAUGGGCACAAGGGGCUGGUUGUGUGCGGAAGGAACUUCCAUGCAGAGAUGGUGUUGGCCACACCGUUGUCCCCUGCACAGGCUGGAGUGACUUAGUAACUGUACAGCCUCCAUUCUUCUCUUCCCAUGCAGGUAAAAAUCAGGAAUAAGCCCUAUGAAGCUGGUGGCAUGGUGUGUGUGGCAAAUCAGACCUCUUUUAUGGAAGCACAUUGUUGGAGCCAUGGCAAACAGGGCUCCAGGCCAUUCGCAGCCGCAAUUGUAACACCUCAGAGACCUCCUCCAUGUGGGAGCAUCUUCCCAGGUUGCCCUGCAGGCAUAGCACUGAAAUGAAAUGAAUUAAACUCACUGAAACUGUUUUUGUACUUUUAAGUAAUUCCAGAGAAGUCAAGGUAUUCAGGUCACUUCCUUUUGCGUGCAAGGGACUGGAAGGACAUUAUUUAAUGUAGAAACUACAUUUGUGAAUUGAUUUAAGCUCUUCUUGUGUGUAAAUACUAAGAGAAUUGAAAGAAAAAAAUAAAGGAAGAAGGGAGGUAAUUUUAUUCUGGUGAUUCUGCAAAUGCAAUGUGUUUACUUUUGCCCACUGAGUAGAUGCAGGUUUAAUUUGCAGCUGCUGGUUAGAUGUGAGGGCUGAAAUCUCUGCUUAUUUAGAGUGAUGUAAUUCAGAUUUAAUCCAGAGGCUGGGAAAUCAAUGGGUGUUAAACUGGUGCAAAUGGAAGCAGAAUAAGUUUCUGCUUCAUAAAUUGCUCCCCAUCAAAAAAAAAAAAUUAAAAAAAAAUAAAAAAAGGUCAUAUGUCAAAUACAAAAACAUAAAAUAUGUUAGAGAAGUGUUUAUAAUAUCUUGCCCUCAUUUCUCUCUAGCAGGGAUCUUUUCAUCUGUCUGAUUUUAAGAUACAGUCACAAGACCUGGCUAGAAAUGGUCUGCCUAUUGUUUUCUUAAUUAUUUUGGUGAAGUGGCAUGGUAGAAGCUAAUAAUGAUUGUUUAAGUUAAGUUUCUCUUAAAUCCAUUGAGAAGGUGUUGCUAAGGCACAGAACAUGAGACCUGAAGGGUUUAAUAUUGUGUACCUCCAUAUUCAGUUAUACUGGAAUGAUUCACUGAGAUCUAGAGACGUGUUGGGGAGGACGGGGUGGGGGUGGGGGGAACAGAGAAUGGGCAUCUGUGCCCUCUCUGGGCCUGAACCUGCUCUCCCUGGAGCAAAUGGGAGCUCCUCUUGGGACUCGGCAAAAAGUGGCCUUGAUCUGGUUGGCCCCUGGCUACUGUAGUGCUCUAUCACUCUUGGUAUCUCUAUGAAGAGAAAAACAGGCUGCGCUUCUUUCAAGCACGCUGCAGUCAUGAAAAAAUUAUCAUCUUAAGCCACCACAGAGUUUAAUUUUGGAUCUUCUGAUGGGGCUUGCUGUUAUGUAACCAGGCUGCAACUGCAGUUAAAACUACUCUCAGGCUGAAAGUAGUUUAUUCUUUCCCCAAACCUCUCAGUUUAACCCACUGAUGCUUAUUUCAGUGGAAAUAAUGGAUGUAGUAUGUUAAUCUUUCAUUGCUUCAUGUAUGUAUCAAGCAUGUGUAGACUGCUCUUUUAAGGAGACAGAACAUGUACCUGCACCUCUGUGCAAGGUGCAAAGUGGUAAAGAGCUCGUCUAAGAAUUCAAGGCAUCAGAUUUGCUUUUGAUCCAGAUGUGAUGUCCCUAUGUUUUUGUCUUUUGGGGAAAAAGAAUCCAUGAAGAGACAGUAGCCCUCUUUAAUUUAGUGAACGGAGAAUUAUGGAUGUUAAAUUGCAGAGCUGGAGGCAAGGAAAUGUUGUAUGUAAUUGGAAGCACAUUCUCACAUAAGCAGCUCUGUAUCACUGUUGUAAUCCAGAUGAAACCAGAUGCUGAAUUUCUCUCAGUGUUGCCAAUGCAAUGCACCUUCCUUGGCAUUGCACUUCAUGUGGGUGACCAGAGAAGCUCAGGGAAUGAACAACAGGUAUUGCAGAGACUGCUGUGGGCAAGUGUUCCUUCUGGAGUUCAGGGGAGAAAUUUGAAAGUAGAUUCCACUAGACUGUGGAUUUCAUCAGUAUUAAAAUACUUGGCAAAGUGGAGAGCUUCUGUAGAAAUUUUAUUUCUGAAGAUAUUCAGAAAAAGAAGAGAGUUAAAAUCAAGAUUCUACCUCUUAGAUACUAAUUUUUUUUUGUGUUUCUCUUUUAGUCUUUUGAAUUGUUUAUCUGAAUAUGUGUUGCUGCAUUUUUGAUGUAGCAGCAUAGCCUGCUUUUAAAUUAAGCUAAAGGAUAGAACCAGAUUGUUCCAAGUGAUCUCCGGCGUUAUAUUUAUCACUUUACCCUCAGAUUCAGGCCAAUAUUAUGUUUUAAAAUCCUUACAUUCCACUGUGACAUAGGGCUUCCUUCCCCAGCCCAGGGCAGGAGGUGGCCCUUGGGGCUCUGAGCUGGAGCAUCAGUGAAAUAAAACAUGAAUGAUCAGAAGGCAGUUGCUAAGUACAUUCAAAAUCAUAGAAUGUGGAUGCAUUAGACAUUUCAAAAGGUUUGCAAAGAAUAACAACUGUCUCUCUACCAAUAUUUACUAUUCUCUCACUCCUGAGAUUGCCAUCAAAAAUAUUAACUGUGCAAGCUUGGAUUGAUUCAGACUUUUCCUGGCUGUUCUACUGUUUGGUUAUUUAAUUUUGCUAUUCAGGACAGCUGAUAACCCUUUAGAAUCUAAUUGUUUAAUUCAUACUUUGUUGGAAAGAUGGAAACAUAACAAUCAAGAGCUGCUGUUAACUACAACAGUGCAAAUUUAAACUGUUAAAACUACAGUAGCUUUCAUAAAUAAUGGGAAGGCAGAGGUAAAUGAAAAUCUUUCAUAUAAAAUAAAAUAAAAACCAAAAUAGUGCACACAAACAUAAAGUGAAUUGCACAUGUUGCAGUAGGAUAAAGUACAGUAACCUGGUCAUGAAAUAUUCCUAUAGAUAUUCCUAUAUCACAGAAAGUUAUAAUCUCUGAGGGAGCUGGAACUACUGAUCUGCUUACAAAGCCUGGUUUGGGAUGUUGGGUAUUUAUCUUAUCACAGUUUUAGACAGAUGCAGUAAAUGCUCAUCACAUUUGUACGGAUUCAGCAUCACACAUUAAACAUUGUGCCAGUGACUGGAGUGUAGGAGAGGUAGCUGGCUCCAUUUCAGUGCAAAUAAAUGUAAACUGACUGUGUGAAGGUUUGCAGUAAAGAUCAGGCAGAAAGGGCAUAAUAAUGUAAUUACUAGGCUCUCCCUCUGACAUACAUCUCUCCUCACUUGCUGUGCACGCUGUGCCCUUACCCAGCUCACAAUUGCGGUAUGCUCACAUCAGGUCAGUGACUGCUGCUCAGAACAGACAGCUGAGAGCAACCAGGAUGUGAGUCUCCCAGCGGAGAUGAAGGUCUCUUGGAAGAAAGAAGCAAUGGACUUUCCGUAUUUGCUCCACCCAAAACCAGUUUCAACUUGUCCAAGGACAUAAAAAGAAGCUGUUAUUCAUGAGACUUUUGUGUACGUAACAAUGUUGGUUCAGAGAAAAUUUCCCAUUUGUGAUGGUUUAUGAAAUCCCAUCCCUGCAGUUGGUGAUUUCAAAUCCUUCUGUCAGCUAGCAGUCUCUAGAGCUGACACAGCACACCAAACAAAUGCUUACAUAAAUGGUCUCCACCAGGUCAUGUUCAGUAUCCAUCACCUGCAACUCUGUUCUAUUACUCUUAUUCAAUUUCAACAAUUUUUCUUCUGAUUUAUAUCGAUGUGAGUAAGACCUGGACCUUCACUUCUCAGUCCCAUAAGCUGAGGGAUGCAAUAAUUCCGCAAAUGACUUUCCAUUUCUCAAACUAUUGCUUACAAUUGUAUAGUCUAAUUUUUGGGCGGUUCUUUGUGGAGCUAGGAGUUGGACUCAGUGAUCCAUAUGAGUCAUGUCUGACUCAGGAUAUUCAGUGAUUCUAUGAUUAUAAUUACAGGUCCUUCACUGGCAAUACAGACUCCCGAAGGCUGGAGGAGUGUUUCAGCAGACUGCUUAGCCAGCUCUUCUCUGUAUGGCCAGCAGUGGCGGCCAGCUCCUAACUGGUAUCAUGGAGAGGCUCCAUCUUCUGAAUGGCCCUACUGGGCAGGUGGCACUGUAUCUCCAGGGACCUCAUUCCUCCUGUAAGAAUGGUGGAGUUCACACUGCAGGACAAGUAGGCAGACCCUGACAGUGAUGGAAUUUCAACAGUGGAGAAAUUUCAUCUUAUUUUAUAAAGCUUUGCAAGAUCACAGUUCAGUGAGAAUUGAAACCGUUGUUUUCUUCAACUGCUUUUGCAUUCGGGAAGAGGACAGCUAUGGACAGAGUGCCCUUAGCUGUGACCAUUUCUGCUUCCACUCACAUCCUAUCCCAUGAGUGCUGAACACAUUUCACACAAAACCAUCACAGAAUCUGGACUUCUGUGCCCAGAUAAGCUUGUCUGUGUGCAACACACUUCUAGUGCUGUGCUAAGUUGUGAAACCACAUACAAAAGUCAGUCCAGUGCAUUUUCCCUACUUAUAUUUCUAACUCAUUCCAUAGUAUGCAGGCCAACAAACAAAAACAGAUCUGUCAGGUCUCUGGUGGGGAAUCAAAACAAUCCCUACUUCACAGCUCUUUUGUCACCUAAGGUAAGAAUGGGAACGCUUCUAGAAUAAGGUCUGCCAAGACAUGAUUCCAAAAUUAGGCUCUUCCAUCCUUACUUAGGCGCCUGAUCAGGACCGAGGCAUUCAUUAAAUUUCAGUCGUUCAGCAAGUCACACCUGUCAAGUGAGCUGUAGUCACUGCCAGUAACCAUUCGUGGGCUCCUCAGCCUCCCCAGCUGUGAGGGAAUGUGACUUGUUAAAAACUUCAAUAAAAGAAUUUCACGGACAAUUAUAGCGGUUCAGCUGAUAGAUGGCAACUCGUUAAGCUGCCAUAAAUCAGUUGUGUAUCUGAGCUGUAAAUAGGUGACCUAAUUUUCAAAGAAGCUGAGAUAAUAACUUUUGUCAAUGUCAAAAGAG